AAUCAACUCUAUUUAACCCUGUCAUUUGGCUCAGAGACACAUUAACUGUGCAGCACUUGUCAUCCGUCUCCACUCGCAGCAGUCAUGAAUAUGAUCUGGCUUUUCAUCACGUCUGUGUUGUCCAUUACUUCAGUCAUCUCUGGUCAAAAAACUGACACCAGCAACAUCAAAGUGUUUCCAGCAAUGAAUCAAACCAUUGCUGGAGUUUUCCAGGUCAGCUCCUUAAAUCACCUCAACCAGCCUCACUAUGCCUUCAAUGCCUCUGAAGCUCGGAGACUCUGUCUGUCCCUUGGAGUAGACAUCGCCUCAAAAGCACAAGUGAACAAGGCGCUCACCAGAGGAUUAGAAACAUGCAGGUUUGGAUGGAUUGAUGAACAUUUUGCAGUCAUUCCCCGCAUCAAGCCACUUUCCACCUGUGGACAAAGCCGGACAGGUUUGGUGAUAUGGCGAGCCUCUGUGACAAAACAUUUUGAUGUCUUCUGCUUCAAUGAAUCAGAUGCAGAAACACAGUUGCAGGAUGCAACAACUACCAGCCCUCUGAGCAGCAGCGAUGACUCAACACACUCCACCCAGACGACACGGUCUACGUCUUCCUCCUCCUCCCCUCACUCCUCUUCCUCCUCAGCUCCUCAAACCAGAGACACUGAGGCAGAACCAGCCCGAUAUGGCAGCAGUGCACAGCGCUCUGCAGGAGGAAAGGUUUUACUCAUCACCUCAAUCUGCGGCCUUCUUCUUACUGCAAUAAUCAUCAUUGUCUAUUUGAAGUCGAGAAGGUUUUGGUCUCAGAGCUCUGACAUGAAGCAGAAGCAGGAGUACAUCGAGACAGAGGACUGCACGUGUGUGAAGAGUGUGGAGCAAACCGAGGAAGACGCUCAGGACGAGGAGAAGAUACAAGUGGAAGACGAGGACAAAGAGACAGAUUUGUCUGAUAGUGAUGUAACAGAAGGACCGUAACGUGCAUUUUAUUUUUGCCCAUGUUGCACAGGAUGUGUUUAUUGUUUGCAAUCGUCUG